UGAAAUUAAAUACACUGACAUUGAAUACAGACUUUCAAAGUAAAACAGGAAACAUGGAGAUUAGACAUGACAUGAACUAAACAUAACCACGCAGACAUGACUCAUGACAGGUAGACGCACGAACCAGGGAGACGGAGUACAGGGGAAGAUGACAGAAGCGACAACAUGAACUUGACAACACAAGACACACAUACAUAAAGACAUGAAGGGCAAGGGAGGCUUAAUACAAGGGUAAUAUAAUUACAAAUGAGCUGGAAUAACUUAAUGAACCUAAACAAACCAUAAACAUCAAAAUAGACUAAACACAAAACACUGGGUCGCACAACCCAGGACCAUGACAUACUGAGUAUGUGUCUCAGAAAAGUUGAUACUCUGACGCUGACUUAUAUUAAAAUUUGUCAGAUUAGAUACUCAGUUGCCACAGUAUAAAUACCAGGAGUGACACCUUUGCCUCCUCCUGCUGACACAGAACUUCAUAAAACACGGCUGCAAGAAGGCCCAUAACCCUUUCCCUCACUAGCAGCUGAACACAUGAACAGUAGCGCAGUAAUCUUGGCAAAGCAUCUUAAAGACUGAGGGCCUUUCACAUAGGAUGCAUGUGCUGUGUUGGACUUUGCAACCAAUUCUUUUCUAUGCACUGUGCAAUAGCGGCACCCUGCUGUGUCCAGCAAAGCACAGCACAAGUGGGCUGCCUGUGGAACACUUGUGCAUCACACCAUUUGCUAUACAUUCAAUAGAAAUGCAGAAUGAUAUGGAGCAGGCAUGAUUAGUACAUGUAAAAAUCAUGAGUGGCUCCAAAAAAAUACACAGUACUCCCCCCACCUUCAGUCAGUGCACGUCGCUUCCUUUAUGAAAGCGACUUGGUAGCUCAGUAAAGCUUUCAUUUCAAUAACAGAGAUUAAACAGUCAUCAUAAAUGUUAACCUGGCCAGCACACACGCUAACGUUAGCCAUUGGCGGUAACUCACAUUAGCCGGCUAGGGUGUAUAGCUGAUAAUAUAAUGAUAACAUUAAUGUCUGAAUUGAGCAGCUCUUUAUCAGUUCUGCUACUUGUUAAUUUUCUCUUAAAGUUCCUGAUUGAAGCCUGAGAAAAGUCUACCAGCUAUCUCAUAAUCUAUCUUAUGUGUUCUUCUCCUAUUAAGUUAUACAAUCAAAUAUGACUGAAUAUUGGUAAAUAACUCCCUGUUGUAGUGGAACCUUUUGGAUGAAAAGAGAAGGAAAAACUCUGCACUAGAAGUUAUGGAAACUUGUUUUCUGCUCUGUUUUGCACACCCAGCAAGAAUACAUAAUCCAGAUAUGUGUUUUUUCUUUUUCUUUUUCUCUUUCACCCCAUGGUUUCUCAUCCAAUCCAAAGAAGUGCUGCGCUUUCAAAUCCCCUCUCUUCUUUCCAGCUUUCCUCCUUUUUACAAACAGAUACUCGUCCUAAAUAUCUCAGCUGCGCUUCACCACAAUUCACUUUGGAGAGAACUAUGUCUGACAAAAGCGUUUGGAGAAUGUUCAAGAGGGGUGGUAUCUCCAAAUUCCUGAAUAAGGCUUGUGUGACGGAGCUUUUCUGUCUCCAUCAAAGGAAGAAUUGCAUUGUGUGGCUGCAGAAUCUAAAUGCCCGAAAAGUUUCUCUCUCAACAAUCUAAAGAAUAUUAAUACUCUGUGAUAAUAAACAGACUUUAAUGUGACCUUAGGAUUAUAAGAUCCACAUACAGUCAAACUGUUUUUACACAGUGGUGAUUGAAGUGAAAACCAGGGUUAUUGUGGGUUAAAAUGAUUAUGGAUUAACAUGACAGCAUGGUUUUCUCCUCGCUGUAAUGCCAGCACCGGCUUCACUGAAGCAAGGCAAAGGAGCUUAGUGCUUUUAGCCCGUAGUUCUCUUCUCUGGUAGCAUCUGUUGUUACAGUCGGACAGAGCAAACACACACUCGAACCACUCAAACACAUGCUGAAGGGUCAUAAAGCCCUGUUUUUAAUGUACUGAGGGGGAGACGGAGUGUGUGUCUGUGUGAGUAGGUGGGUGAUACAGUAUGAAGUAAGGGUUUUCACAGAGGACAAUUCCUCUGGAGUCACAACAGGUGUGUGCGUCUCUGUGUGUGUGGAUUGCAAAGGGGGAAUUAUGAGCCGGGUACUAAAAGGAGGAGGGGUGGGUUAGAGGACUUAUGAAGGGUCCUCUCUGCCCCACCUGUAGCCUGUCAGCUGUUGUAAGCCUGUUAAAACGUCAGCUGUUUCUGAGGAGAAGUGUGUGUAUGUGUGUGUGCGCUUGUGUGCAUGUCUGUUAGUCAAUGUCAGGGAGCUUGUGGAGGUUGGGGGGAGGGCUGGCUCUGUGUGGCACUCACCGCCCCAUUGCACAUCAAAUGCCUUGUCCCCUCUGGGGAUUUGUUAGUGCACAACACAGCGGCUUGUGCUUACGUUGCCUCUUUUCUGUUCAUUGCACUUUGACUCAAUUGUUCAGUUAAAGAAAAAAAAAAUCAGAAUCAGAAAGCAUCUCUGAAACAAUGUCUCUAUUUUGUCUCUUUAUGAGCAGCAAGUUUGAUUCCUUACAUGACAGAUGUCUUUGUUUUUUUGUUUUUUUUGCAAUUGAACCGAACCCUAAAACUUUAAAUAUAAUUAAGAUCUUACUGUACAAAAAUGAGUCCAAAAGAAUCAGUCAUGAUCAAAAAACUUCAAGUUUAAAUGUUAGGAAAGUAAUUUUCAAUAUUUAGUGCUAUCUAAACUUUUAUUUGUUAGACAGCAAGAAGAAUGUGGUAGCAACUUUCAAAGGUGUGACUCAUGACCUGACAGCGUGGUCCUAGAGCUAAGCAGACUGUGUUUCAGUUUGACAUUGUGGAAACUUUGAUAGCGCUUUGGUUUCAGCUGUUGGCUCUGACACUGAUCUUUCAGUGUCGAGAAGUAAUUUUGACUAUGUCAGCUAACUUCCACUCUUUCAUCUUUGUGCUUGAUAGAAUAGCUGCAUGUAUCAUUUAAAAAAUAUGGUAAAUUAAAUCACAUUUAAUGUUCAUCUUGAGCUGCUUUUCUGUUUUCCUUUAUUCUUUCUGUUUGGCAGUAGUUGCGUGUUGAUAGAUUCUUUGUGCAAGGGGGCUUAUUUUGUUUCGUUUUCCCCUAACCAAUCAGUAGCAAAUGAACCGACAAACCACAGCUGAAGAAACUGUUUUAGUAGUUUCUAGGAGCAGUAACCUUCGAGAUCUAAGCUGAUUUGAAUGCUCCUGAAACACUUAUCACUAUUUUAUUUUCACAUUACUAUAUCUCUGCUUAUCCUGAUGUAAGAAGACAUUGUUUACAUUUGGCCCAGUAAAUUCAGAUUGGUUCAUUUUUAUUAUUCCUCCUGCUAUUGGUAUGGAGGGCUGGGCCACUAUAUCAGCCAAUUUGAGCUUAUUGUCAGUCCAGGUGGCAUGAAAUAAUCCUCUCUGUGUUUGGCAAAAGGCUUUGUAACACUUCAAACAUUUCAGUAGUACAAUUACAGGUAAUUAUAUGGCAACAUGAAGUGUUUACCACAGGCAUGCUUUACUUGCUUCUCCAAAGAGGAUCUUGUUUUGUGGUUACACCAAGUCCAAAGCAUGGACUGCAGCUCUGCUCUGGAGAUCUGGAGGGCUCCUCUAACCAGAACCUGCAGCAGGUGGGGGCUGGUUUAUGUGCUCACUGCAGCUCAAAGCAGAACAAAGACUGCCAUUAGCAGCUGCAGAGCAAAGCGGUGUAUGAAGUUGUGAGAUUAUCCACAGGCUGAGAGAGUCACAGAAGAACCAGCCCACACCACACCCCACGCCUCCAUGUGUUCUGAUUUUUUUUUUCUUCUAUUCACUCAGCUGAUGGGCUUCCAAAUAAUAAUUUACAGUAAGUACAGACAUAUAAUAAGCUCCCAAGUCACCAACAUCACUAACAACCAAUCGUAUAGAUUACAGGAGGUCAGAGCAAGUGAGCUUUGAAAUCUGUGGUAAUAAAGGUCUCUUGUUAUGUAGAAUGACCAUUUAGGAGAUAAUUUUCCUCCUCCAGACCUCUCGAUCUCAACAGCUCUUUGAAAUUAACAUGGGUGAUCUUUUGAUUCCAGAUGUCUGCUCUUGUUGUGUGGGGGUUUUUUUUUUUUGGUUUUUUUUUCCUUCAGGGCGUAAGCUGAAUGUCUGUUGUCCUGCACAAUGCACUAUGUCAUGCUGGUGUGGGAGUCACAGGUGUUGAGUGAUUUAUGGCUUUAAUUUACUUGAUAGAUUAAAAUAUGAUAAAGUUUCACGCACAGGUCAUUAAUUAGAAUAACUGAGCCAGCUGUAAUUUUACUUUAAAUCACUUGGCAGGGACAUGGAAAAAGCUUACUACUACACUUUACAUAUUAAAAUGUAUACUGUACACAGGAAGGCAUGUUGUUAGUCAACAGGGAUUGAUUUCCCUUACGAAGGCAAUGGUACUUCAUUGAUUACUCCAUAAAAUAAGCAGAAAUCAGAGCGCUGCUUAAUUUAGUGCUUUGUGUUAUAUUAAAGACAGAUUCAAAGGGGAGUUUGAUGUUAAUAAUCUGUCCCUAAAACUGUUCCUGUGUUGGGCAGUGACAGCCUGGAAAAGCGGUGCGCUUGGAGCUGCAAAAAGAGGCUUUUAUGGGGUGGGGGGUUGCAGCCUUUGUGGAGCCAGCUGAGUGAGGCAGACAGUUGAAGGGAACAGGUUGCUGCGUCUGUUGGGGCUUGUCUUGCUGCUCUUGACUUCUAACCUAUAGCUGCGACAGCUCCAGGGGCUAGGAGAUGCCAAAUUUCCCCAGAUUGAGUGAGCAAGGGCUAGAUUAGAUAAAGACAAAUACAAUACUGGUCGGUACUGUGACAUACAGCAGUCCCUAAAGGUGUUCCAGUGCAGUCUCGUGCUAUUUUUAAGUAGCUCACAUUCUGUGUGUAGUUUAGAUUUAUUUCUUUGAAAAUGUUAUAAGCUUAUCCAACCAUGGAUAUGCCUGAAACACCUCAGUGGGUGGCCGCUUCUCCCUACUUUCCCCUGACAUGUUGACAGUGCUGGUGUACAGUCACUCCUGCUCUGGUGUAUUUUCAGAAGAGUAAAGCAAAAGAUGGGAUAAUUUACAUGGAAAAAUAUUGGCAGAUACAAUCUGUGGGCUACGUCGUUGCAGAUUUUUUUUACACACGCCCUUACCAAAACCACUGAUGAUGCCAAUUCUGACACCAGAGCCAGUGAAUUUAUGGUGUUGUGGUUGGUUGUAGACUGGACAUUGACUCUACUUUGGUAGUGCCCAAACUACCUCAAAUAGAUCCUUCUGAUGCAGAGAAGCUCCAUGGCUUAUCUCUGAAGAUGUCCACAGAGGAAGUGAUGACUUUAAUUUCGCAGCUAGCAGAGACCAUGGAAAGCAAUUGCUAGCGACGCAAAGUGUGCAGGUCCCAAGUUAAACUUUUUUAUGACUUGAAAGCAAGAGAUUGAAGCGACUGCUAGUGAGAGUGCAGGAUACCAUUGAUUGACAUAUAGCAAAGUUUUAAAUAUAUUAGAGGGUUACCUAGGCGACUGGAGUCUGGAAUGUCUGCUAAAAGCCAGCUGUCAGCAACAAAGCAAUGCAUGACGAACGAAUUACUUCCUGUGUGGACGCGCCUUAAGGGUGAGCUCAGGGCCCUAUCGGAGCAAGCUCAUUUCUGCAACUUUUGUAUCUGUGAUCUACGUGGCCGCAUGUGAGAAAAGGAAGGAAGGCAGACUGAUCAGUAAAUGAAAAGCAUUCCCUUUGAGCUCAGCCACAACAAACUGGAACAGUGAUCAUAUCCGUCUGGAUUCUGUACAGAACUCCUCCAGCUUCAUUUAAUUAAUUACAUUUUUAAAAUUUUUGCUAAUCUAAUGUGUUUCAGUUGGAACUUGCUCAUUUUGAAGGCAGUUUUGAAUUAAAGUAGAACUCUAAAUACUAGAGUGCCAAACUGGAUCUAUUGAUUUAUUAAGUGGCAAACAAUUACUUGCUUUACAAAUCAUUUAUCUUUUUCGUAACUUCUUGACUGAUAUAUUGAUUUACAUUGUUAAACUGCACAUCUUUAUUGGUCCCACAAAAAGAGACGUCAAUGGCUGCGGGAAUUCUAACAACAGAUUUUAACUGUUUUUGUCAUUAUGAUCUCAACAAAUAACCAGUUUAUUAUGACAUAAAAGGAUUUAGCAGAGUUAAUGGUUUUGCCUCAUUGUUUUGUACUUCUUCAUUUGCAUCACAUCCCUACCUUAAUGGCUAAAAUCAGAUGCAAAGAAAUGAAAGCAAAUUCAAUGUGCUUAUCUUAUAUUUUCUGAAUAGACAUACGUGAAAAUAAAUGGUGAAAAUUGAAUUGAAAUUGGUUUGAUCCACUCAAGAUGCUUUAGGGCAUCUGAAAACCUGCUGGUUUGAAAUCACUAGAUUUCUAACAUGAAAUGUAAGUAAAACGAAGAUUGGCUCUGGAUGCUGGCACAGAUAAUGUGGAGUAAUUAGACAUCCUCAUUGUUUGGAUGAGUACGUUCUGUUGGAAAUGUUCAUCUUCUGAGCUUUAUUAUGCUGUGAGAUUUGUCGUAAGGAUGUGAAAAUGUGGAAAAUUCCUUAAUAAUGUAGGUCACAUGCGAGAAAAUAGCUCACACUAGUGCCACACCAAAGAAAAGCUUUGUCAUUUUUUUUUAAUUUACCCCAUCCUCGGGAGGGAGGCAGAUUUGCAUAAUCAGGGUAUUCACUGUCAGACCCUUGAAAGCAUAUCAUGCUUAUUCACAAACCUAUUAGUCAUUUGGUACAAAGACAAAGUACCAAAUAAGCUUGUCUUCAACAAAACCUCUUGAGUUUUUCUUUGUCAUGGCACAUCACUCAGGUGGCACACCUUUCACAUUGAACAAUACGCAAAAACAAAUCUUUUGCCUUCUCUGCAGCUGUUCCAAGGAUUUGCAGUUACAUGGAUGGAUGUUUAUCAUUGCAAGAGCUGAAGCUUAUAUGCUUUUGUGUUUCCUUUAAACAUAAAUACACUUGCCUCUGGGCAAAGGAGCUGCUUUCUUUUACUGCUCUGCUAAAGAGGAGAGAAUAGAUAUCCUUUGCUUAGUGUUUGUGCCUCCCCCACCUCUCCUCAGUGCCGGAUCCCCACCACAUGUAGCCAGCACCACACAGUCUUGGCCCGCGCUUGCAGUCAGUUGUCAGUGAGAGCGGAGGUAGGCUCAUAGAUCCCCAUUUUAGGCUCCGGGCCAACACCGUGUGUUCAACACGGAGAGCCCCCAGGCAGUCGUGCACACAGAUGACAAAUGUGGAUGGCAAGCGGGGGAAAAAACCUGGAGAACGGGGCAGAAAGAUAAGGCCAUCUGAGCAACCGUGUUUGUUGUUGAAGUAAUUGUGCCCUCAAUACUCUGACAUUAGGAUUGUUGGGUUUAGUAGUGGUGUAUAUUUUCCAAACCAUGGGCAGAUUUCCUGUUCCAGAUACACAAAGGGAAAACAUUUUUCUUCUCUCCUUUUACAGAUUUAUCCAUAUAAGUUACUGCUGCAAGAUGAAUAUGGCCUUUGGAAUUUUUGCCCCUUGUUUAACCCGUUGGGUUCUUGGCACAUACGUGCCUGCACCCAUACAUGUAUUCACUGUGUGUGGAAACUCAAUGACACAACUGUUUAGCAGACUCCUGGCCUCCCAUUUCCCACACCCUCCGGCCCCCCUUUGGAGAUUUCAAGGUCAGGAAAGGGCACGGGCUGAGAUUCAUGUCUUGGGAAGCAGAGUCGCUGUUGCAAAAAAGUCACAGAGAGCGAAGCGUUCCUUUUACAGUGGUUGCUGUCAAACAACCGUAUCUUACCAAGAUCAGAUCUUCUAGGAUUUGGAUAUGGCAUCAGAUAAGAACCGUCAGCAGUGGUCCACAUUGGAGAUGACGGGGAGGUGGAGAUGUUGCAGUGUAGCUGUUGAAGUUUAACAGCAGAAUUUCAAAAUCGCAUAUUGAACGAAGCUGCCCAGCUGAGGUGAAGGGGAGGGCAGAAGAUCCUAGUUCAGCUUGAGUGUGGAUGACCUGCCCCCAGAAACAGGACCAUGAUCUGAAAAGCGUGGUGUACACAGAGCCCCGUUCUUCCUUUCUUCCUUCUCCCUCUUUUUUUGUUUUUGUUUUUUUCUAUCUUGCUGGUGAAAGACUCCCUGCCUGGGUCCUUCAAACAGGGUCAGUGUGCACAGCGAGGGCAAACUGAAAGCGAAUAGAGAUUCAAAGAGGAGGAAAAGUAACAGCAGCCAUCCGUGACCUCACAUCUUGUCACUUUCCCCUGAUCCUCCCACUGCAACACCAGAACCAUGGGGAGGAAAAAGAUCCAGAUUCAGAGGAUCACUGACGAACGCAACAAACAGGUGACGUUCACCAAGAGGAAGUUUGGUUUGAUGAAGAAGGCCUACGAGCUGAGCGUCCUGUGCGACUGCGAGAUCGCUCUCAUCAUUUUUAACCACUCCAACAAGCUGUUCCAGUAUGCCAGCACUGACAUGGACAAGGUCUUGCUGAAGUACACCGAGUACAACGAGCCACACGAGAGCCGGACUAACGCUGACAUUAUCGAGGCUCUGAACAAGAAAGAGCACCGGGACUCUGAGAGCCCAGACCCCGAGGAGCCCUUCUCCCUCACCCCCCGCACUGAAGAGAAAUACAAAAAAAUUGACGAGGAGUUUGAUAAAAUGAUGCAGAACUAUAGGCUGUCAUCUACAGUCCCACAGCCCACCUUCUCCAUGCCAGUCACCGUGCCAGUAUCCAACCAGAACGCAGCGGCGGCCCUUCAGUUCAGUAACAACCCUUCCGGCGCCCUGGUCACCACCACCUCCUUUGUCACCUCCACCCUCACAGAUCCCCGGCUCCUUUCCCCACAGCAACCCGCUCUGCAGAGAAACACCGUGUCGCCAGGGUUACCACAGCGGCCAGCCAGUGCAGGUGCUCUGUUAGGGGGAGACUUGGGGAACUCUAAUGGAGCGUGCCCGAGUCCAGUCCCUAAUGGCUACAUCAGUGCCAGGGCCUCCCCAGGCCUCCUCUCUGUAUCCAAUGGCAACAGCCUGGGGAAAGUAGUCCCGGCUAAGUCUCCACCUCCACCCAGCCCUCAGAUGGUCAACAGCCGUAAGCCGGACCUGAGGGUCAUCACCUCACAGAGUGGCAAGAGCCUCAUGCAGCUGACUGAGGAAGAGCUGGAGUUGGUGAGUGAGAAUGCUCAACGACUAGGCGGCUCCCAGGUGGCACAGCCACUCACCACACCAGUGGUCUCCGUGGCAACACCCAGUCUCCUAGCGCCCUUCUCCGGCAUGCAGACGGCCUACAACACUGAGUACCAGCUGACGAGCGCAGAUCUCACAGCGCUCCAGACGUUCACGCCACCGGGGCUGGUGCCUGGCAACAUGGCUGCUUGGCAACAGCAACAGCAACCAGCAGUCUCUCAGCAGCAACAACAGCAACAGCAGCAACAGCAACUGAGCUUGGCAUCACUCAGCAACUUGGUCAUGUGGGGUGCAGAGAAACAGAAUGCGGAGAUGGUUAACUGCAUCUCCAAUUUUGCUGCUAACCUGAGCUUGGCUUCUCAGCCCAACUUGCUCUUUGGUAGGGAGGAGGGCCUCUGCUGGCAAGUGGGAGUACAGGGUGCCGCGCUGACAGUCAACACAAACCCCAAUGUCAAUAUCAAGUCCGAACCCGUCUCACCAAACCGUGACCGCAGCACUCCCAGCUCCACCAGUGGGGUGGCUGGAGUUGGAGUGGGCCAGAGUCAACUCCAGGGACAAGGUCUGGUGUCCAUCGCCUACCCUGGUACUCUGCGUCUUGAAGCGGGAGGCCAAGGCCGCUCACCUGUUGACAGUCUCAGCAGCAACGGCAGCUCAUAUGAAGGCAGCGACCGAGACGAUGGCACCCAGGGUCGAGGUGGGGGUCUGGAUUAUCACCACCAGGUCGGCGCCGGAGCCCAGCAGCCCACCAUGGUCCUUCUGCGGCCCUCAUCAGCAGAGCCUCAAGAACAGGAUGGGACCAACGUCAAGAGAAUGAGACUGGACACCUGGGUCACAUAAACGGAUCGAUGGACAGAUGGAGGAUGGAGAUGUGUACUUGUGGAUUGUGUACAUGCCCCACCAGCUCCAGCAGCCCCAAUAUCCACAUUGCAUACGCACAGACAAAAUCCACCCACCACCAACCCAGUAACCUGCUGUCUACACAGUAAACCUCACAUGGAUACAUACACAACACAAGCAUGCUAACAUACUCGCACAUGUGGACACUCACUCGUAUGGCAAUGUGCAGUCACGUUUGAACUGUAAUGUAUUCUCACUGACAUACACCAAACCCAACAAGACCAGGAAUUAUUUAUCAAAAAAAAAAAGACCAUGCUGCACAUCAUUCAGCUGGAUUCGGAUAGAAGUGAAUGAGUUUGUAAUCAGGCUGCGGUGGUUAGGAACUGUGGCCUGAUUAAAUUUGGCCACAUGGACUUCUUGACAGUUUCUGGAAACGCAGACAAGCCAAACUUGGUUUCCCAGCAUGCCCCUGCCAUGAUUCACGGCUGGUGGCAAUCUCUCACCUUCAUAUCUUUACUGUCUGGUAGGUUUUGAUCAAAUAUGACAGCGCUGUAUUAAAACGGUGCCACCAACGAGUCCACAUCGAUGUACACAUCCGCCCAUCCACAGUUGUAUUGCUAUCACUCUAGAUUUUUGUUUGUUUUCUAAGAGGAGCAGCUCUGCUCUUUUUUUUUUUCUUCUUCUUCUUCUUUCUUUUCUUUUUUUUAAAGCGUGGAGUUUUGUCCCUCUGUCUUGACUGUUGACAUUUAGAGUUUGGAUUCAUUUUGAAUAUGAAGACACUAAAAGAAUAACUUGCCUCCCUUCUCAGUCAAGUCGGCGGCUCCAUCAACAUGGCCGGCAUUGGGUCCUGUACAAGAAUGGCAACCACCAGGGGUCUUUAUUUAAUCAGAACCAUGCAGGCCAGCUGUAAAACGAGGAACGUGAUUUGUUGCCGAGGUAAAAGACUGCUUUUCUUUGAAUCAGGGACGAGCUGCCACAGCUCAACGACACAUGACGCAGAUUCUCCUCGUUUCGCCCACAUCGUGUCAACUACAGAUGCUGAGAAAGGUGUGUGUUUGGUUUGUUUGUGUGCGUGUGUGUGUGUGUGUAUACGGGUUUGUUACCUCAACUGGUUGUUUUCUUUUUUGCUUUUUUUUUUUUUUUUUUAAACCAAGUGAAUUUGGAUAAAUCUUCACUUUCAAUUUCAUCCUUGAACACACACCUGCAACGCACACAGGUGAAAUUAUUUUUGUGAGCAAUUCAUGUUUUGAAUAGAUAGCUGAUGUUCAAAGAGGAGAAUCGUGAGGUACCAUGUAUAUAAGCAAUCUGUAACCUUUGUGGCUUUUGUGUGACAGGGAUAAGGUUUUUUUUUCUUUUGAAGGUUAAAAAAAAAAAUCAUAUUCAAGUAUAUAUUUAAACAGCUUCAGGCGGUAGCAAGGGCAGCUCUGCAUUUGGGGCAAGAGACUAGACCAGACGACAGGGAUUGUAUAUAUAAACUAUAUAUUCGGCAGGAUAUCCCUUAAGGAAGUGGAAAAAAACAAAAACAAACAAACAUUGAUUCUCAGUGGAUCUGUCUCUUUUAUAUUAUUAUUAUUAUUAUUUAUGUGUGUAUAUAAAGUGUAAUAUGUGGACGAGCCCAGAGAGGGUGUUGUAGAGGCAGGAAGGGAAGACGUAGCCGUGGUGACUCGGACUGUUUAGAGUGAGCAAUGAUUAGGACUCUGUCGCUGAUGGAGGGCACUUUACCUUAACUCCCACCUCUGACACGCACGCACAGCGCACACACACUAGAGUUAGACUGAUGUAUUUGGCUGGAUAACAACCUAAAAAUGGCAGGUACAUGUAACAUAUUGCAAUUUUUAUUUAUUUCUCAAAAUUCUCUUUUGAUGUAGUUUAAUUUAAGUAAUUUACAAGCUACAGUAAGGGUCUCAGUGUGGUUGCCUAAUUGGAGCAAUUUAAUUAAUUAAAUUAAUAAUUCAGUAAUUGCAAGAUUCAAUAUAUUAAGUUAAUAGAUUGAAGCAGUUUUUUAAAUGAGACUUGUUAUUCCCAUUUCCAGCUCCAGAUUUUCAAACUUAAAGUUUAUCAGGGUAGCUUUGCAUGACUCACAGUUCAAAUAAAUCCUUGUAUAUCUUUUUUGCAGACCCUCAGUUUAUCAACUCUGUGAAAGCAGUCUCCCCUCUCCCUUUAAGCCAACUACUUUUUCUUUUCUAUUUGCCUGCCCCUCACAAGAAAAAGACUUGGAAUAGCAGGUAGGUGGCCAUGGCCAGUGCUUUGUGUCUCAAAUGACUGCUGCAACUGGCUUUGUAAAGAACCAAGAGUAGAAAACAAAAAUCGAACAUUUAGGGCUGAAAGGAUCGGAUAUGUUUAGUGUGAGCUGCAUACGUUGGAUAGAAAGCAAGGAAAAGGAUCAUAAGUCCAAUUUAAGGAGUUGUUUACAUUUUUUUUUCAAACAAAAGAGUUAUGUUGUAUAAAAAUUGGAACAGAAAUUUUCUUAUAGCUGUGUAGCACUGUCUACAUCAAAUUCAGUUACUAAUUGUAAAUCUUUCAAAGUCAUUGCUGAUGUAGUUUCAUCUUUCAAAUGAAUCUUUUAUGGAAGCAUUUAUUUGAAACCUGCUAAAAACUAAAGAUUAGUAAAAACAAAAAACAAAAAAAAUGCCAUUCCUAUUGUAUCAUUUAGCUAAAUUAAACUUUACUGGAAUUUUUCCUCGUGCAGCGACUGCCAAAUAUUGGGUAUUUUGUGCAACUUGAUGCAAAAGAUUAUUAUCCGCUACCACCAUAUCAGUCAAACUCUAGAAUAAAUACAUAUAGAUAGUUUAUGAUUAAGCAAGCCAAGGAUUUCCCUGAUCCCUCUUUUUUUUUUUUUUUUUUUUUCUCCUUUUAGAGGUUUACCUUCUCCUCCAAUUAAAAGCCAUGUUUCUAUAUUUAAAGGAUCUCUCCUUCGCCUGUCACUGGUUGGCUGCAGUUUUAUAUUAUGGAGAGUUUAAGAAGACUAUGAAGGAAAAGAGAAGUGAAGGAUGUAAUUUUUCUACUCUAUAAAGGUGGCAACGGUUGAUUUAGGUUUUUCUUUUUAAACAUGGUGGUCAAAAGUGCAAAUUCAUGUAUUUAUUUUUCCUAAAAGCACUCUCAGCCUCCGUCCAUUUGCUUGUUAAAAGCACUGGCGUUUGGGUGUCGUUCGUCGCUAAGCCGGAGGUUUCAGAAUGACUCUUGAUCUUUUAAUGACUACCUCCCAAAUCCAACGCAGACUUGUCGACUUUAGGUUUUACCGCAUCCAGCCACCACAUCCUUCUCAUGGGCAGGCCCUCGUCACCUCUCUCUCACCCCUGUCACUCACUUGGUUUUUUGUUUUUUUUUUCCCCUCCUCUCUGGAAGCUUAAUCUUACACCCAGACAAACAAACACACGCACACAUUUCAUUACACACUCCUCUUCUGUUUACUCCGUCCAGAUAGCGGGUGUCAGCGCUGAAUUGACAAGUCAAAUUAUUUUGGGGUCAUUUCCAUGAGAAACACAACCACCACCAACCCCCCCUCCCAACUCUAUUCGACUUGCAGCUUCAUCUCACACACUACUGCCAUCAUCCGCCCUUCAGUUCAUCAGUGAUUUCUCAUUUCCUUUUUCUCCGUCUGUCACUCACUCACCCCCCCCCCCACACACACACACACACACACACACACACACAUUCAUCUUCUGUGACAAGUCUGAGUGUCAAUAUUGCUUUUCUGAGUGCUUGGCAGAGUUAACAUAAAUCCCCAGAGUGUAAACACUUUGACUGUUAAGACUGUUGUGCCCUGAGCUUCGAACAAAAAAAGAAAAAAAAGAAACAAAAAAAGU